AUGUGGAAAGAAUCUGUGAAAGGUGUGCAACUUGCAAGCACGCUAAGUCCAAAGUCCAAACUCACGGUUUGUAUACCCCUUUGCCCAUUCCUUAUCAUCCUUGGAAUGAUUUCUAUGGACUUCAUUGUUGGAUUGCCUAGAACUAGAACCGGAAAGGAUUCAAUCUUUGUUGUUGAUGAUAGGUUCUCUAAAAUGGCGCAUUUCAUAGCUUGUCAUAAAGCUGAUGAUGCAUUGCACGUUGCUAAUUUGUUCUUUAAAGAGGUUAUACGCUUGCAUGGAAUGCCUAAGACUAUAGUUUCAGAUAGAGAUACUAAGUUUCUUAGUUAUACUCUAUGGUCUAAACUUAUUAUCUGCCUCAUUGUGAAUUUGCAUAUAACCACCUCACCUUUGGAUCUAAUGCCUUUACCUGAGUCUGAAAUAGUUAGCAUGGAUGGCAAAAAGAAGGCCGAAAUGGUGCAACGGAUACAUGACCAGGCUAGGCGCAAUCUUGGGAAAACAACUGAGCAAUAUGCCAAGUAUGCUAACAAGAAUAGGCGUGAGAUGGUGUUUGAAGUUGGAGAUAAAGUAUGGAUUCACCUUAGAAAGGAGAGAUUUCCAAAUGAAAGGAAAUCUAAGCUAAUGCCACGUAUUGAUGGCCCUUUUGAAGUCAUAAGGAAGAUCAGCAACAAUGCAUACAAGCUGAACUUGCAAGAUGAACCAGAUUUGAGGACAAAUCCUUUUCAAGUGGGAGGGAAUGAUGUGAUCAUUGAACAGCUAUCUGAUGAAGACAAGGAGAUCAAAGACAAUCCAACUGAUGAGGAUGCCUUAGCCAUUCCAGUUGGGCCUAUGACUCGUUCCAGAACCACGAGACUUAAUGAGACCAUUGGAGGAUUGCUUAUGAAGGCAUGGAAGCAAGAAGAAUGUCUUGGUGGAAGCUUGAUCAACCAAGACAUACUCAUCACCAUUCAAGCUACUUCACCAUCAAGCUGA